GUUUUGGCCAGUUAAGUAUCUGCCCACAAGCCACCUGCUGGAGAAAUAAAGCUUGUUACAGUUUUUGCUCGCUGUCCUCGACUUUCCAAACAUCUCACACUGCAAGACAGUAAAACAAUGUAAAAUAUUCCAAGGACAGAGUAGAAAAUGAGUAGAUAAUCCAGUUUUUUCCCACGCUAAAAUAAACAGCUGCUGUUCUCUUCCUUCAUUCAACACCAUUGGACCUGAAGGUCAAUCUACAUCCCAGCCCUUCCUGGUUGCGUUCCCCUAGCUAUCACCAGGGAAUGGCAUUCAUCCUUCAUCCCUCUGAAAGAGAGCUUGAGCCGUCAGUCUCCUCUGAUGCCGAAAUGCCUACUUUCAAGACGAACAGAUGCCAAGGUGAGCCGCUGCAGGCCAUCAAGCAAAUGCUCCUGAAGGAGCUGAACCUGAAGCAGGAACCUGAGGUGUUCAUGCCCGAGCUGGCCAGGUUCAGAGAGCUGUGGAAGGCAGCGUUCAUUGCCACCGCCCACAGCUCGUCCCAGGAGGCCAAGGUAGAGGCAACCUCUAUGCUGGAAUCCCCUGAGAUCACCAACCACAGCAACCACACAGGACUUCAGUGCUGUCAGUUGACCUCACAGGUCUUUAUCAAAGAUCUGGGUUGGGAGAACUGGAUUGUCUACCCUGAGAGUUUCACCUAUGUGCAGUGUAGAGCAUGCAACCCCCACACAGAUUUACCUGUCUCGUCGUGUAGACCAAACACUGCCCAUGAACUGAACACCCCCCCUGAGUGUUGCCAGCCAACUACCCACAAGUUGGUGCCCUUCCUCUACGUGGAUGAAUUCAACUCCCUGGUUAUCUCCACAGUGCACCUGGCCCGCGAGUGUCACUGCAAGCCAGACACCAAGUCCUCCCUUCCUGCACAACACUGAGUGACCCUUCGCUCCUCUAACCUGAAAGAGCAUGUUGAUGUCAAAAACAUCUUUCUGCAAAGAGUUUGUGUACAUCAUCAUUCUCCUGCUGUAUAAAAGGCACCAGUUAUUUUUUCAAGCCUAAUUAAAAACUAAGUCCAUUUAUCUGUGGAUCCUUAAAACAUGCUGUAUUCUACUAACAUUCUUAGGUCAAAAGUGUUUCCAUCAACAUGCUGAUUUUUUUCUUCUGAAUGGGUAGAAAAGUUACACAGUGAGCAAAAAGAGGAACAGCAAAAGCCUCGUUUGUUAUACUCUUAAACUGGACUACGAGGCUCAAGGUGGUGGCAGCUGUUAGCGUAGUGGUUAGCGCUGUUGCCUUUGGACACAAAGGUCACAGAUUUGAUUCCCACCUCUGGCUGUAGUACCCUUGCAUAAGGUACUAACCCCAAGUUGGUCUAGCAAAAAUUACCCAGCUGUAUAAAUGGGUACAUAGUUGUUGGUGGCUUAACACUGUAAGCUGCUUCAGAGAAAUGUGUUAUGUAAAAGGCUUCAGUAAAACAUCCAGGAUAUAUAUAGUACAUUAAACUGUAGAAUUAUACUCAGCUAUAUAAUGGUCUAUUCACAACGAUCUAGUUUCCAUCUACAAAACAGCAAUAACCAAUCUGGUAUAUAAGGAUAUGUAUGAUUUUUUUUUAAAUAUUUUUUGCAUUUGUACACUAUCCAAAAAGAAAUAUUCAGCCAAUUGUGAAAAUUCUCUCCUGUCCCCUGUGUGCAGAACAGUAUUUCCAGUCUUGGAAGUCCUACACAAGUACCACUAUGAUAGGAUGAAGCAUUUCCCUAUGUUCCACACAAAAAAUUCAAUUUUUUUUCCAAGUUUUCUAUGUCAAAUACCCCCCCCCCCCCC